GCCGCGGUGACCACACUGCUCUCCUGCCACCCUGCAGCCCAGAGGGGCUCAGGGACUAGGCAUACCCCAUUUCCACCAAGCGGCCUGGCUCCCCAGGGAGAGGUAGGGGAAAGGCAUUAGGGGAGAAGCCAGGGGUCUCUGGGCCACCGCAGCCCUUCACACAUGCCUUUCAGGUCCCUCCCCGCACCCCGCCCCCUGGGCCCUGGAAACAGCCUGGAAGGGGUGGGGGCUGGAUUGAGAAGGUGAUGGGCUUCUUCAGGCUUGAGAACAACUCAGUAUUGGGGUGGGGUGUCGGGAGUGAAGUCACCGAAGACCUAUGGGCAGAGGCUUGUGUGGGGAGGGGAGACACAGUUGACUCCACACAGCCCCCUCCCCUGCAUCGAUGUCUCUUCUCCAGGAGCCUCUCCAGCUGAGCCCAGGGCAGGGGGUGGUGGGAGAACAGCACAGACUGCUCUGAGCCCAAGGCCUUUCCCCCCUCCUCCUCCCCUUGCCCUCUGGACCCACUGAUAACAUUUCCUGGGGCAGGAGCUGGGGUUCCAGGCUUGGGCCUUCCCCAGACAGCGACAACUGGGACUGAUUGCCAGCGCUGAGCCCCUCUCACCUCGGGCCUUGGUUUCCUCAGCUUUGAAAUGGCAGCCCUCAGAGCCCCCUGGCUGGGAGGGGAGCUGGAACGAACCGAGGUUGUGGUGAGGCCAGUCCGGUGGGGAGAGGGGACAGAGGAGCUCUGCAGGGGCUGUCCAGGAGAGGACUCGGGCUUACCUUCCUCAGGGUAAGGUGGCCCUGGGCCCGCAACAGGAGCCAUAACCUGGAUAGCAGGAUCAGGGAGGCUAACAAGACUUUGAAGCCAAGAAAUCCCAGGUUCAAACGAUGCCUGUGACUCUUAAGUCAUAUGACCCAGGAACAAAGACCUAAUACCUCAGAGCCUCGAUUUGCUCCUCUUGUAAAAGGGGAGAGAGUGCUGAUAUGCCAAGAGUUGUGGUACAAAGUAAAUGAGGCAUGUACAAAGCAACUGGUUCAUGGAACAGGCUCGGUAAAUCUCUUUCUUCCUCCCAAACACCUUGUCUAUCCCUAGACAGCAUAGUCUGAAGGCAGGAGGAAAUAGGGCUUUUGAAAGCAGGCAGCCAUCUUCUCAGAAAGAAGCAACUAACUCCAUGGUGUGAAAUCCGAGGCCUGAGAAAGAGGCCUGGCUCCACCCUCAGAAUUCUUUGUUUGCUAAGACUUGACCUUUCUCCAUUAGAAGUUCAUUCCUUUGACUUAGAUCUUGUAUUCUGUUAAAAUGCAAAUAGAUUUCUACGAAGUAGAUAUUAACGAUCCCAUUUGGUAGAUGAGAGACCUAAGGCUCAAAGGGGUAGAGAUGUCCCCGAGUACAUACAGCACAUCACUGGCAGAGCUGGAAACCAGAAUCCAGGUCUUCAAAUACCAAUACUGGUGCUAGGCAGCUUGGAGUGAUGAGACCCUUGGAGAUUUAUCAUUCACUCAGACCUUAGAGUAAAUCAGUUUCAGAUCUCUUCCUGAGCACAGAUUUUUGGUGAUGGGGUGGGGAGGAAAGGAAGCUGAUCGGGUCGCUGAAGGAUCUGCGCACCGGGGAGGGUAGAGAGCAACUUGUGCCCGUGUCACUCUUCUGUUCUGGCCUGUCCCUCGGCCCCAGAGGUGAAGGCCACAGUGGGAAUCCAGGUUCCAGGCUGGGUCAGAGUAUAAAGUCCUCGGUCCCUGGGCCUGCUAGAAUGGGCUGGCUGGAUCCCUUGGCCCUGGACCCUCCAACUCUCUUUCCCUGUGUGUAGAGGGUCUGGAGGAACCUGUCCUCUCUCUCACAUGUAGCAAUGGGCCCCCUGAGGCCAGGGAGGUCAGAAGAUGGGGGCAGAGAGACCCAGCAGGGUCGUGCUGAGCUGGGCAGAGAACCCAGGUGUGUGGGCCCAUGCAGCAGGGGUGUGGCAUGCCAUGAGUCCUGGGACUUUUCCUCUUUCAAAGGGCUUGGCACAAUUGAGUGCCCCUCCUGACAGCUCUGGCUUGGGUCUCAGUAGGGCUAUCUUGGGAGGGGCCCUCUCGGGGGCCAGCCUAAGCUGCCUCUCUCUCCUUUCUCUCUCUCUCUCUCCAUCCCACGCUGGCUCCCCUGGGAUGAGGUGGCUGCUCUGGGCCUGGCCCGCAGACUGGCUGUAAGGAGUCACCAGUGGUGAAAGGAUCCAGUGCAGCCCGGCGAGAAGCCCAGGAUGUUCCUGAGGGCUGUGGUCCUGACCCUGGCCCUAGUGGCUGUCACCGGUGCCCGGGCUGAGGUCAGUCCCGACCAGGUGGCCACCGUGGUGUGGGACUACUUCAGUCAGCUGAGCAACAAUGCCAAGGAAGCCGUGGAACAUCUCCAGCAGUCUGAGCUCACCCAGCAGCUCAAUGCCCUCUUCCAGGACAAGCUUGGGCAAGUGAACACCUAUGCGGAUAACCUGCAGAAGAAGCUCGUGCCCUUCGCCACUGAGCUGCACGAACGCCUGACCAAAGACUCGGAGAAGCUGAAGGAGGAGAUUCGGAAGGAGCUGGAGGAGCUGCGGGCACGGCUGCUGCCCCACGCCAACGAGGUGAGCCAGAAAAUCGGGGACAAUGUGCGCGAGCUGCAGCAGCGCCUGGGGCCGUACGCGGAUGAGCUGCACACCCAGGUCAACACUCACGCCGAGCACCUGCGGCGCCACCUGACGUCCCACGCGCAGCGCAUGGAGGCCGUGCUGCGCGAGAACGUGGACAACCUGCAGUCCUCACUGACGCCCUAUGCAGAUGAGUUCAAGGCCAAGAUCGACCAGAACAUAGAAGAGCUCAAGGGGCAUCUCACGCCCUACGCCGAUGAGCUCAAGGUCAAGAUCGACCAGAACGUGGAAGAGCUGCGUCGCAGCCUGGCUCCCUACGCGCAGGACGUCCAGGAGAAGCUCAACCACCAGCUCGAGGGGCUGGCCUUCCAGAUGAAGAAGAAUGCCGAGGAGCUGAAGGCCAAGAUCACGGCCAAUGCCGACGAGCUGCGGCAGAGGCUGGCGCCGGUGGCCGAGGACGUGCGCAGCAAGCUGAGGGACAACGCCAAGGGACUGCAGGAGUCGCUGGCCCAGCUCAACAGCCACCUGGACCGGCAGGUGGAGGAGUUCCGCCGCAACCUGGGGCCCUACGGCGACACCUUCAACAGAGCCCUGGUGCAGCAGGUGGAGGAGCUCAGGCAGAAGCUGGGCCCCUACGCAGGCGGGAUGGAAGACCACCUGAGCUUCCUGGAGAAGGAUCUGAGAGACAAGGUCAACUCUUUCUUCAUCACCCUCAAGGAGAAGGAGAACCAGGACAGGCCUCUGGCCCUCCCCGAGCAGGAGCAGGCGCCAGGCCCUUUGGAGAGCUGAGCUGUCCCUGGUGCUCCCGCGCUACCAGGAACACCUGCCCUGCCCGGCCUCCGGUCUGUCUGUCUGCCCCAAGGCAGUUCUUGUACAAGCUUGAGGACACAUGUCCAGUGGAAAGAGACACUACCUCUCGCUACUCAAUAAAGCUGCUGAGAAACUA